UCCAUAUACACGAGAUAAAUCCCAGAUGGCCACUGAACCAAUACCCACGAGUGCAGGUGAAACGCAGAACUAUUGUACGAUUUCCUACUCUCGUCUCACCCUAUCCUCUUCUCUUAUCGCAACCCCGGAUUCGAUACAAAAAAAGAUUAAAAAACUAACCAUGCACACUCAAAAGCAUCCAUCAUUGAGCCACCCACCCAACACCCCUCUCCGCCAAUCACAGGUGUCCCAAGCCCAAUUGUGGAAGCAACCGAAAAAGGCAUGA